AUGAAGCUCGAGGCCAAUGACGGGCUGGUGGCUGAGGAGAUGAUUGGAUUGGCUCGUCCGACCUCGGCCUACGCCGAACUCGAUGCCCUUCUCGACAUUCUCCGCGAGCCGCUCGGCCGCUCGCCUCUGCUCGCUCUGCCAAGCGACCUCCUCGGCGCGGACGGCCGCGCUAUCACGGCACAGCACAACCGCCCUCCGCCAGGGCACCUCGCGAUCAAGCGGGCGCUCACGACACGCUCAAGCCCCCGAGCGUCGCUACAUCUCCACCUCGAACCGCCGCCUCCUCCCCACAGCGCACUACACGACUUCCGCACGCCGAGAGAACGGCGCGGUGCCUCCGCCGCCACCGCCAUCGCCACCGGGCUUCUACGACCUCUUCCCCGAGACCCUCCCCGGGGGCCACCGCCGCACAGCCCCUUUUCCAUAGACGUGCGCGUGCUCCGGCGCGAGUUUCUCCAGCUGCAGGGGCGAGCGCACCCGGAUCUCCACGCGGCCGAGCACAAGGCGCGGGCGCAGGCCACGUCGGCGCACCUCAACGAGGCUUUCCGCACCCUCGCGCACCCGCUGCUCCGCGCCCAGUACCUGCUCUCUCUGCGGGGCAUCGAUGUCGCGUCGGACGAGGCGGCCAAGGUGGCGGAUAUGGAGCUGCUCGCCGAGGUGAUGGAGGCGAGGGAGGAGAUUGAGGACGCCCACGCCGAGGCGGACCUCGAGGGCCCCAAGGCCGUCAACGACGAGCGGAUCGCGGCGAGCGAGGAGGUGCUCGAAAGGGCCUUUGCGGCGGAUGAUUUGGAGGCGGCGAAGCGGGAGGCGGUGAGGUUGAGGUAUUGGACCAAUAUCAAGCAGUGUUUGGAUGACUGGGAGCCCGGUAAGAGGGUUGAACUUCAGCACUAA